AUGUUAGUAUCAGGAGUAUCGGGAGAAGCAGCAUCCAGUACCAACCAGUCCUCUUCUACCACCAAUGAAGGUAUUACAGUGCUCACUACUCAUUCUCCCUCAACCACCACCAAUUCUACUAAUUCAACAACAAACUUAACAAACUGAAUCGGUAAAAUAUACUGCCCCUCAUUCAACUGUAACUACUCUGACUGCUAUUCAAUGUACAUCAGUCAGAACGCCACUUCGUGUGCUGCCGAUAAUUGUUGUCAGUUGUUAAGGCAAACAGACAUGUGGUACACUGCCAGCUGCAGCAACUCUUGUGCUGACAGCUGCAAGAAUGCCUCUCAGACCAACUGUGCUGUGAACUGCUGUAAUUUCACUGGCUGUCUCAAUUACACUUUUGCAUCCAUGAUGAGCAUAACAACCAAUGGAACUCAAACCACAAAAACAACAACCACGCAGGCCCCUACUACAACUACUACCAGUCAAACAACAGCAAGCAAGGGAAACAAGUGCAGUUCUGGUACAUGCAACGGCGCAAAGUGCUAUACAACUUUCACCGAGCUAAAAACAUGUUCCGCCUCAGAACCACAUUGUCAGCUGAAAAAUGAGUCUACAGAUACUGCCACAAAAUGGACAGCGGGUUGCACCAACUGCACUGGCUUCACUGCUUGCAAGGCUUCUACCAAACCUCCAUGUAAUCUGGAGUGCUGCAAUGCCACAAUGACCUCUUGCCUGUGGUUGAAUGGCACACUAAAUGUUCCCUCUUUUGCCACAAGAGGUCCAUAUCUUCACACAGAACUGAUAGCUUCCUUACUUUGUAUUGUUGCUAUCGCUUUUCUGCUUUGAGAACAUGCUUGCUCAAUUGCUGUGUGCGUUAU